AUGUAUCAUAUUACCUCAGGUACCAGUCUGAAAUGGAAUCUAACUGGUGUGGGGGUGGCAGGUGUUUCGGGUGGUGGUGGAAUUGCUGCUAAUCAGCUUCACAACCCUCUUUUCAUAUAUAUUAAUGCAAAAAAUACACUGUACAUAUGCGAUAAUGGAAAUAACAGGGUGCAAAAGUGGGUUGCAGGAGCCUCAACUGGCACAACUGUAGCCGGCGACAACGGUGGAAGCAAUGGAAAGACUGCAAUUUUACUCGACAAGCCAACAGGCAUCGACUUCGAUUUAAUGGGAUACAUGUAUAUAACUGAUUAUAACAAUAAUCGAGUGCAACGCUUCCCACCCAACUCAAACACCACAACCAGUGGCACGACUGUUGCCGGUUCAUCAGCAUGUAAUAGUGGUAGUACCAAUGGCCUUCUCCAUCAACCCGUUGAUGUCAAAAUCGAUGCAAAUUACAAUAUGUUCAUUAGUGACAUGGGUAACAAACGCGUGGUGAAAUGGGCUCCCAACGCAACAAUCGGUAGUGUUCUUAUUGAUGGCAGUACUGGCGGUGCAGCUCAAAAUCAGAUUAGCAAUCCAUAUGGUCUUAUAUUAACUAAUGAUACUUUGAAUGAAAUUUAUCUAAGCGAUAAUAACCAGCGUGCUGUUUAUCUGUGGCCAUUCGGAGCAGCAACCGCAACCAUCCAAUAUACUAUGGCCAAUUCUCUCCAAAUGGAUCACCCAUCACAGAUUAUACAAGAUCCGUAUGGGAAUUUGUACGUUGCCGACGCGAAUCAGAAGCGAGUGCUGAUGUUUUGUGUCAAUGCAACAGUGGGUAAUGUGAUAGUUGGAACUGGUACUAGUAGUACACCUACGCUGGGGGAUCCAGUUGGAAUUGCUUUUGAUUCGGAUCUUAAUUUAUAUGUUUCCGAUGCCAAUCUGAACCGAGUAUUGAAAUAUAUGCUUCUCUAA